GCAGAAAACGCCAAGAGAGCUCCCAUGGGUCCAACCGAAAGGCGCCCAUGCGCCGACCUUCCUACGGAGAUUCUCUCCAUGAUCGGCGAUCGUCUCGACACCCGCAUGGACGUCCUCCGGUUCCGCAGCGUCUGCUCUUCCUUCCGCUCCUCGAUCCCCGCGCCGGGCCGCCCCGAGGACUCGCGAUUCCCUCUCCGAAUCCAGCCCGACCUCUUCCUCCGCGCGUGCACGGUCUACGCCCUCGAGACCCCGGACGGUGCCGGCGGCUCCGGCCGCGCGCGGUGGCUGCUGAUGCUCGAGGAGUUGGAGCUCGGGCGCAUGCGGAUCCUCAGCCUCUACUCGCAGCGGAGGAUCGCGCACAUGCUCCACAAGUUCCCGAAGGUACUCGAUUCUCGCCAAUCUCGAAUGGUUGAAAUCUGUAGACAAUACGCGCUCGAUUAUCGCGGUACAACCAGAGGCCGCCUCUUUCAAGGUGUACAGAAAGUAGUGAUGCAUCCGGAUGGCGUAGGUCCUGAUUCGGAUCAAUGUUCGGUUUAUUUCAUCGACGAACGCGGGCGAUUAGGUUUUUGGAAACACGGGGAUGAGAGUUGGAGCUAUUUAGUUGUUGAUGGCCGACGGCGCUGUCGUUAUAGCGACGUCGUAGUGUAUGAUGGCAAAGUCUGGGUCGUCGAUUCCGUCGGGCAGAUUUUGCAGCUUCAUAAAUCUUUCAGACUUCGAAGUUUCUCACUGCCGAUCUACGACAUUGGCGGUCGCCGUCGCCGCCGUCGCCGCUUCCAGUGCUUUUCGAGGCAUUUGGUGGUAUCAGGCGGUGAUCUUUACAUAGUGUGCAGAUACACUAGCGAUGGUCCAUGUAGCCGUGGCUCGCCGGAAAAGACAAGUCAUUAUGAAGUCUUUAGAUUGGAUCAGCGACGUGCGAGAUGGGAGGAGGCGAGGAGCUUGGGCGAUUCCGCUUUCUUUCUCUGCAACCGCCGCUGCUCGUUCGCCGUCUCGGCAAGCGAGCUCGACGGGCAUGGCGACGGGAAUUGCAUCUACCGCGCGGAAAAAAAUUGCAACAGCUUUGAGGUGUUCGACUUGGCGAACCGUAGCCUCAAGUGGCCGGACUAUUCUGACUUCCGUGUUGGUUUAUUGCUUGGCGAUUAGGAUCUUGUUGCUGCCGCCACCACUUCCGUGGCGUUUCGAGGCAUUUGGUGGUAUUGGGCGAUGAUCUUUACAUAGUGUGCAGACACAUUAGCCACGAUCGAUGUAGGAGUGGCUCGCCGGCGAAGACGAGUCAUUUUGAAGUCUUUAGAUUGGAUCAGCGGCGUGCGAGAUGGAAGGAGGUGAGGAGCUUGGGUGAUUCAGCUUUCUUUCUCUGCAACUGCUGCUCAUUCGCAGUCCCGGCGCGCGAGCUCGACGGGCAUGGCGAGGGGAAUUGCAUCUACCGCGCGGAGAUUUAUUGCGCCAACUUUGAGGUGUUCAACUUGGCGGAUCGUAGCCUCAAGUGGCCGGACUAUUCCGACUUCCUUGUUGGUUUAUUACGUUGAUGAAGAAGCGCGAUUAGGAUAUUGGAAGGGCUAUUAGGAUAUUGCAAGUAUGGAAAUGAGACUGACAGCCUGUCAUUCCCCUUUUAAAUGCACUUAUGUUGGUA